AACCAAAGCUGUGCACAUUCCUUCAAGAAUCGAAAGCUUGUGCACGUUUCCACGGGUUUUGCCAUGAUUCCCACGAGGCUAUGAUCCAGCCAUCCAAGAUCCCAAUCUGGAAGCAAUCCCUCGUCGACCGACUGCGAAGAUGCGCCAGCAGCGGCGAGCUCGAAUCCGUCUACGCCUCCAUGAUCAAGAGGAGCGCGGACCAAGAUUGUUUCUUGAUGAACCAGCUCAUCUCCGCCGCUUCCGCCGCGCGCCACCCGGCCUUCGCCGUCACGGCCUUCGACUGCAUGGAGAGCCCCAACGCAUUCGUCUACAACGCCAUGAUCCGGUGCCUGGCGCACCGUGGUAUGCCAAUUAUGGCUCUCGAGUGUUACAGGUCCAUGCUGAGGGACGGCGUCCGCCCCACGAGCUACGCUCUUUCGUCGCUGGUCAAGGCUUGCGGCGCGGCGCGGGGUCUGGGGUUGGGCGAGAGCGUUCACGGGCACGCCUGGAGAAAUGGGUUCGACUCGCACGUGUUCGUGCGGACGGCUCUGAUCGAUUUGUAUGCGAAUUUCGGUAAAAUGAAGGAGUCGAGGAAGGUGUUCGAUGAAAUGCCCGAAAGAGAUGGUUUUGCAUGGACAGCGAUGGUCACAGCUCAUGCUCGUUCGAGCGACAUGAGCGCUGCCGGGGCGUUGUUUGAGGAAAUGCCCGAAAGAAAUGUGGCUGCUUGGAAUGCUAUGAUAGAUGGGUACGCGAGGUUGGGUAAUGUUGAGUUGGCCGAGUCGCUGUUUGAACGGAUGAUGGUAAGGGAUAUCAUCUCAUGGACGACUAUGAUCACUUGCUAUUCUCAGAACAAGCGAUUCGGAGAAGCAUUAACCAAGUUUCGAGAGAUGACUGCUCAUGGAAUUACCCCUGAUGAAGUGAGCAUUGCUGCCGUAAUUUCGGCUUGUGCUCAUCUUGGUGCACUAGACGCAGGGAAGGAAAUCCAUCAUUAUGCAAUGCAGCAUCGAUUCUGCAUUGAUGUUUAUAUUGGAUCUGCCUUGGUCGAUAUGUACGCCAAGUGUGGGAGCUUAGAUAGUUCCCUCGUGGUGUUUUACAAGUUGCGAGAGAAAAACCUCUUCUGUUGGAAUUCGGUUAUUGAAGGGCUUGCAAUGCAUGGUUAUGCAGAAGAUGCGCUUCAAAUGUUCAAGCUGAUGGGAAGAGAAAAGAUAGAGCCUAAUGGAGUGACAUUUGUUAGUGUUUUAAGUGCGUGCACUCAUGCCGGGCUAGUAGAUGAAGGCCGACUGUGGUUCCGUAGCAUGACUGAUGAUUAUAACAUCACUCCUGGGGUCGAACACUACGGAUGCAUGGUUGAUUUGUUGAGCAGAGCCGGAUUGCUGGAAGAUGCCCUUGAAUUGAUUCAGAAUAUGAAAGUCGAACCAAAUUCUGUUAUAUGGGGUGCAUUGCUUGGCGGGUGCAAGCUCCAUCGAAAUUUGGAGAUAGCUCAAGUUGCUGCUAAUGCAUUGAAGGUUUUGGAGCCAGAAAAUAGUGGGUAUCAGGCUCUUUUAGUUAAUAUGUACGCAGAAGUGAGUCGGUGGGGAGAGGUUGUGAGGAUCAGAGCAUCCAUGAAAGAACAGAGAGUGGAAAAGGACUGUCCAGGGGCUAGUUCGAUUGAAAUGGAAGGUGAGAUCCAUCAGUUUGCAGCUUCCGACAAAAAUCAUCCAGAUUCCAGCGAAAUUUAUUUGUUGCUGGAUGAAUUGGAUGGACAGCUGAAGCUGGCAGGGCACAGGGAGGAAAUUCAACAUUCAUUUCUUAUUUAGGGAACUCUUUGUAUACUAAGAAUUUCAGUUAUUACAGAUGCUCAAAGAGCUUUCACUUGAGUUGAUUA